UGCUGAGAGGCCUUUGAAGGAAGUACGGAAAUUCACCAUGAAUUGCGAUUCCUGCUGAGAAUUUUACAUCCCAAUUAAUCAUGAAACUGCUCGUACUUUUUGCGCUUCUAUCACUGUCUUCGAGCGAAGAUUCCUCCCCGGUCUCCUCCAAAGCUCAUUCAUUGAAGAAAAUUCACGACUGUCCGAAGAACUUCAUCAAACAAGGCCACAAAUGCUACUAUUACAGCCCUCAAGCUUUAUCCUGGAGCGAAGCGAUGUUUAAAUGCCGCGAUUUGCGCAGCAAUUUGGCCGUCAUCCAACGCAGGAAUCAGAACAAACUCCUCAGGAGUUUCCUCAGCAGGAAUAACACAUUAGAGCCUGCGGAGCGGUGGUUGGGAGGAGUUUACGAUUGGAAGAAAUCCACGUGGAAAUGGGCUUCAUCAGGAAAAUCGUUGACCUUCAAUGGCUUCCCGAAGGAAACUCCUGCCGCCGAUCCGAAGGAUUUACAAUGGAACUGCAUCAUUAUGGAUCCUGCUAAACAAUACAUGUGGAGCAGCAGGAAUUGCUAUCUGCAGAAACACUUCAUCUGCCAGACUAGAUUGAAGAACAGAAAAAAGCUGAAACGCCGCUACAAUGAGAACAAACUGAACGAAAUUCCCGUUCCUGCCGCUCCUGCAAAUCCUGCUGAAAACCUUAAACUCAACGUACCAAUCUCUUACCGUUUCGAAGUCAACGAGAACCUUAGGGAUAAGGCCAUGUUCGCCUACAAGUCUCCUGAGAUGACGAAACACAGCAGGAAUGUGCACAGGAAUAGGAAGAGGAAUCCUGAGAGGUUUGGAAAUGGGACGAUAACCCGGGUGAAUAACCGGCGGGUUAACGGAAAGAGGAAAACCAAGAAAUAUGGAGAGCCGAGGAAGAUGUCGAUGAAGGACAUUAGAUGGAAAACUUACAAGGAAAAGAAGAAAAUCGGGAAUUCUUUGUAUCCUCAGGCGAUUGUUGAGGAGUAUAAAUUUCAAUAAGUUCUUUCUUCCUUUUUCGGAAAGCUUGGAGAAGCUUUGACAAGUUCGGAAAGUUUGGAAAAAGCUUCGGGAAAUUGUUAACGAGAAUACGAUGAAAAUUAUUUCGUAUAUCGUCAGAUAGGAAAGAGGGAAAGAACUAUUGAAACAUGUUGCUUUUUUUGGUGACUAAUUUUUGAUAUUUUGAACAAUAAUUAAUUUUGUACAAGUUUUGUAUUUAAUUGUAAAUAUUAUUUAUUUUGUUCCUUUUGCUAAGUUAUUACCGAUUGAUUAAUCAUUAAACGCUAUUAA